GAUAACCCGAAUAGUUAAAACGAACCCCAAAAUUCCAGGCGAGAAACCACAUUUUGGCAUCUUCCCUCAUUUCUCUCUCUCUCACUCUCACACUCUAUGAGUCUGUCUGACUCUGGCUUUCUCUCAAUCUCCUCCACACCCAACCACACCAGUGCUGGUGUCAAUCACCUAAUGAUCAACGCUCUCACACCGAUCAUCUUCUCCACCAACUGGCCUGAGCCUUAACAUAAGAAAAAUAAAAGAGCCCUCAUUUCAGAUCAGAAUUAUCAAAACACCAUAACCAGCCAACCAUGUCCUCCCGCAAGCUCCUCUCGACUCUCAUCCGUACCUCUCUCCGCCGGACCGUCGCAACGACCAAAACCGCAGUCCCCAGAUCCCCCUUCACGCGCCCCACAGGGUAUCUCCUCUCACGCGUCGCCCACUACUCCACAUCAUCGGCUGUCGCACCAUCUGCGCCUCCCAAACCCGCUACACAGUCUGUGAGUGGCAAAAUCACCGACGAGUUCACCGGAAAGGGGGCCAUCGGCAAGGUCUGUCAAGUCAUCGGGGCCGUCGUCGAUGUUCGGUUCGACGACGGCUUGCCGCCGAUCCUCACAGCUCUCGAGGUCUUGGACAACUCGAUCCGACUGGUGCUUGAGGUAGCUCAGCAUCUAGGCGAGAACAUGGUCAGAACCAUUGCCAUGGAUGGGACCGAAGGGCUUGUUAGAGGUCAAAGAGUCCUCAACACUGGCUCUCCCAUCACUGUGGCUGUUGGUAGAGCCACCCUUGGCCGAAUUAUGAAUGUUAUUGGGGAGCCCAUCGAUGAGAGGGGUGAAAUAAAAACCGAUCACUUUCUACCCAUCCAUAGAGAAGCUCCAGCUUUUGUUGAGCAGGCAACUGAGCAGCAGAUUCUUGUCACUGGAAUUAAGGUUGUUGAUCUUCUUGCACCUUACCAAAGAGGUGGAAAGAUUGGGCUCUUUGGGGGUGCUGGUGUCGGGAAGACAGUGCUUAUUAUGGAACUCAUCAACAACGUAGCAAAGGCUCAUGGUGGUUUCUCAGUGUUUGCCGGUGUGGGAGAACGCACAAGAGAGGGUAAUGAUCUGUACAGAGAAAUGAUGGAAAGUGGUGUCAUUAAGCUUGGAGAUCAGCAGAGUGAGAGUAAGUGUGCUCUUGUGUAUGGUCAAAUGAAUGAACCCCCUGGUGCCCGUGCUCGUGUUGGGCUCACAGGGCUGACUGUGGCUGAGCAUUUCCGAGAUGCUGAAGGACAGGAUGUGCUUCUCUUCAUUGAUAACAUAUUCCGCUUUACUCAAGCUAACUCAGAAGUGUCUGCUUUGCUUGGUCGUAUCCCAUCUGCUGUCGGCUACCAACCUACCUUAGCUACUGAUCUUGGAGGACUUCAAGAGCGCAUUACUACAACCAAGAAGGGUUCCAUCACCUCUGUUCAAGCUAUUUAUGUACCUGCUGAUGAUUUGACAGAUCCGGCUCCAGCAACCACUUUUGCCCAUCUUGAUGCCACCACUGUGCUGUCGCGACAGAUAUCUGAGCUUGGCAUCUAUCCUGCGGUUGAUCCCUUGGAUUCUACAUCUCGCAUGCUCUCUCCUCAUAUUUUAGGAGAAGAACACUACAACACUGCUCGUGGUGUUCAGAAAGUUCUUCAAGACUAUAAGAAUCUGCAAGAUAUUAUUGCUAUUUUGGGAAUGGAUGAGCUCAGUGAGGACGACAAGUUGACUGUUGCUCGUGCUCGUAAGAUUCAACGGUUCUUGAGCCAGCCAUUCCAUGUUGCAGAAGUGUUCACGGGAGCUCCAGGAAAAUAUGUUGAGUUGAAAGAGAGCAUUACCAGCUUCCAGGGAGUUCUGGAUGGGAAAUAUGAUGAUCUUUCUGAGCAAUCGUUUUACAUGGUUGGUGGAAUUGAAGAAGUCAUUGCCAAGGCAGAGAAGAUUGCUAAGGAUUCUGCUGCUUAAUCACUUCCAGUUGGCAUUGGCAUUGGCAUUGGCAAUGCUGAUGAGCUUCAAAAGAAAGAAAAAAAAUCUCGAGGAGAAAACUAGCUUUUUCAUUGAAGAAAGGAUUUAUUUUUGGUAGGGGGGAUUGUAUUAGGUAGAGAAUUGAGGAGCGGGCAGAUUCCGUUAGGUCCUUUUACUUCUGUGCAAUAAGGUGUGCACUCAUCUGUAUUUGUCUAUUUAUAAUCAUUUGAGUUCUACGCGAAGGGUUU